AUGGAGUUACUCGAGAGAUUCGAUGCGGAGGAUGGUGACUCAGAUAAAGACAACUCCAACAUCAUUGCUUUCAACUACGAAAACUUUUUUGACGGCCAAAAGCCCAUGUGCACUCGUGCUGGACUGGAGUUCGUUGCCUGUCAGCUUUUAGACGAUAUCAUGGUUUGGAAGGCAUCGGAGGGAGAUCGUCCACUUGCCAUUCUAGCCCACGACACGGGUGGUGUGCUUAUUAAGAUGGCCUUCAUCAUUGCUGCUGGCAACCUAAGCAAGUACAGUCCAUUGCUGUCCUCUGUUUCUGUCUUAACGUUUGAUGAGUUCACUGCUACGCUUGACCUCAGUUGCGAAACUCGCAUCGGAUUGCCACACCCUCACGGCACCCUGCUCGGUCACGAACUCGACGAGAGAGCGGAUAAGUUGCUCAAGGGAAAACUUCAGGUUUCAACUACAGCAAGCUUUAGCAGCCAGAGGCUACAAGUCCUGCUCUCAUCUGUGUCUCCGCCACCUACUUUUCAAGCGGGGCUUGAGUACAAGACAUUGGAUAAUUUGGGAUUUGAAGAAGACCUCGAUGAGUGGAUCGAAGGUCAGAUUAGAGCUUUUAUCUACCAGUUUCGAGAGAUCAGAGCACAUACACAGAUUCAAGCGAAAAUCCGCUUGAGCAGUAUGCGGAAUGUGCUCGAGAGCUUCCUAGUCCAGGGUCUUGCGUGCAUCUCUCCUCGGAUGGAGCAGGACAUGGGUGUGGCGAGCUUACUUUCGUUGUUUGAAUCAACCUACUCGCCUGCGAAGCCAUUGGGUGAAGACUCGCUUACAGUUCUCUUCGUCGUUCUGCACAAUUGUCUUCGGCGCAACGGCAUUCGUCCAAUUUGGUGUGUUUGGAACCUAGAACACUGUGGCGGCGAUACGGAGGUGACCAGCCACGCGUGCGUCGGUACGUUGCCAGAAUUGAUCGAGGCUGCCUUGUGCAACACCAAAGACGACGAUCUUCGCCAGAGUUUCAUGCAAUUCGCCAUCAGGACAGCACAAACAAGCGUAUCAGGCGUUCAGUAUUACCGAAGAGUCCACGAGGCCAUCGACGACGAUGGGAAGCUUGAUCCACACGCCCUGCAGACUGCAAUAGCGGGUUUUCUUACAAGAGAUGAGGAUGUUUUUACGAAUAGCGCCCUUCUCUGGGUCCAAUUCGGUUGCCGACCUCUUUCUCCGACUGAGCUUGUCACUGUUUUAGCUCUGGAACGGAGCCUAGCCAAAUCACAUGGAACCGAAUUCAUCUCAGGUCAAUGCCGUCUUGGAAAAGGUAUAGAAGACACCUCAUCCGCUAGCUUUUGCCCCAUCCAGAACCAUCUUUCAGGCCUUAUACAAGUAGUUGAUGGCGAGUGUCGGCUCACUUACGACAUUACUGGCCAACCGGACGACGCUGGCCCCUGGCAUUCCCAUAAUGCCAAAUCAAACUUAUGGAUACUGCGCUGUCUGCUCCGGCAUUUGGGUAUCGAGGCAGAGCAAAAAGGCCUUGACAGUCAAAGUUCACAAUCCGAGUUCAUCCGACGUUCACCUUCCCACCACGACUUGACGACGUAUGCCGCCAAAUUUUGGUCACAUCACUACAGAGUUGCUCAAUCUCACACAUCGACAAAACUAGAAGCCGAAGCCAUGGUAGCCAGAUUCCUGAAGGUCAACCACGCCGCGACUUUCCUUAUGCUCCGACAUGUUCAACAUGCUGUCGUAGAAUCUCCCAGGAGGGCGAUUUCUGAAGAUACCACAGCUACUGCGGUGGCUCUUCUCGUAUGUCAUGGUUUCCAUGACAUCGAGGAGAUCGGCAUGCUUGCCAGCUGUCCCGGAUGGGAACGUAGCCCCAAGACUGUGUUCCCUGCGCUUUUGGAGGCAGUCAGGGGCGGCCACAUGACACUUCUUCCGAAGCUCCCUGUUUCUGUCCUCAGAGACAAGGAAGCGAGAAAGGUCUUUUCAGCAGUUGAACCAGGUAAUCUCACACACGACUGCAUCCAUGAUCUUUUCCGACAAGCGCAGUCUCGGCAGAAUUUCCAACCCCCGUUCGAAUUGUUCUUCUGCGCGGCAUUCGCCGGCAUUCAAGUAUGCCCCAAAAGCAUCAAAGAUUGUAAUAUUGACAGCUCCACGUGGCUCACAUGGCUAUUGAAGGCCAUUGCUUUCCCGAGAUCGGAUGCCACAAAGAUGAUCUCACGGCUUGCAGAACCUCACCUCAGUGAAGACCAAAAGGCUGACAUCUUGCUCGCUGCAAGCCUCGUAUGCGAUUGUAAGGACGUCUUUGCGCUUAUGAGCUGGCUCAGAUUAGAUAUCUCGUCCCGAUCUCUGCGAGCGCUUAUUUACUCGGGCAAUCAUACUGCUUUGGAGAAGCUGCUGGCGAGCCAGUCUCAGAGCGAGUAUUUCUCCAGUGUAGGACUCAAGGAGAGUCUCUACAUGGCCGUGGAUCACUCUUCACUGGAAAUUGUGAGAGUACUCCUCGGCCAUGUUGAUGUUGUCCGAGACAAGGAAAUCCUGAUGGAUUGCUUGAGUCGUGCUAUACAGAAAUCAGCAUCCAAGGAAGUCUGUCUCUUGCUUCUAGACACGGGAGUCGAGACUGAUUACGGGCGUCAAGAGCAGUACUUGAGUGACGCCGUGAAGCAGGAUAACACGGAGCUGGCACAAGUGUUCAUGGAUUGCGGGGUCGGCAUAAACGCUCAAGAAUUCUCAGGCGAACCGCCUCUUUACGUGGCCGCGAAAGAGGGCACGCUAUCCAUGGUGGAGUUCCUCGUGAAACGGGGCGCCGACGUCAACAUUCGAACUGAUGUCAAGGGGCUGACGCCGCUGUACGGAGCGACACUUCAAUCGAGACCAGAAGUCGUCGAAUAUCUCCUGAGCAAGGGAGCCGACGUGACUAUUCCUUCAAAGGCGCGAAACUGGUCUCCUUUGGAGGGGGCAUAUGACUAUCCGGCCGUCAUGGCACAUUUGGUCACCAAGGCGUGGCCACCGCCCGACUAUCACCGAGUGGCAGAGUUCGGAGACACCCAAUGUACAGCGCUUUUCCUCGCAGCGACGUACGGCAAGACGGAAAGUGUCAGGUUGUUGUUGAAGCAUGGCGACCCGGACAUCGAGUUCACGCCAUCCUCGGAUAUUGAAAAAGAAAAGGCGGAUACGAGGGGGUAUACUGCUCUAGCUGUUGCCAGUCUAUACUCGCACAUGGAGAUUGUGAGGCUGUUACUAGAGCACGGGGCCAACGUCAACCAUCGGAUCCCGGGCACCGGUCUGACACCGCUCCAUCUCGCACACAGCGGCGAUACACUCGCGGUAUUGCUCGAAUACGGAGCCGACAAGGAGGCCAAAGACGACAAUGGCUACACGCCUCUCUUUUACGCCGUGACGAAGCAAGAUUCGAGUCUCACCCAGCGUUUGGUGAACGCUGGCGCCAAUUUCAAAGCCACCGAUAACUGGGGUCAUACCGCUCUGCUAAACGCUCUGAUCUACGGCGAGCCGCAGAGCCGUGAAGAGAAUUGCAGAUACCUCAUUUCCAAAGGUGCUCCGAUCAACGCAAAGGGUCCAGAUAGGUACGGUUCCACCGUGCACAGGUGUUGCAGGUUCGGUGAGGUGGAAGAAGUAGAAUUGAUCUUGGAGCUGGGCGGUGACGCGGGUCUCUGGUAUGGGAUGCAGGGCACCCUUCUCGAGGCGGCAUGCAAUAAUGUCAACAAGAAUGACUUGGCAGUACUGAGGUACCUAGUCGAGCAAAAGGGGAUCGACAUCAACGGCCCAGGAAGCUACCUCCGCAGUGCCAUGGGAGAGGCGUUCCGGUCUGGCGACGAAUCGCUCGUACGGUACCUACUCGAAAAGGGUGGGAGUUUCGACACCCUAGACGGCAACGGACAGCCGGCGUGGUUCAAUAUCUGUGCCAGAAAGGACGACGCCCUCGAGAUGUUUGACAUGCUACUAGACGACUACGGAGCGGACGACUUCUUGGCCUCGUUAGGGGACAAGGACAGAAUGUCACGGGGUAUCCUGCACUGCGCAGCACACUCGGGGCAUCUGGGACUUGUUGAGAGACUUGUCGACCUGGAUCCAAAUCUAAUUGACAGUCGUGACCUGAUUUGGGGUGCUUUCCUCAUUUGCGAUGACAAUGAUUGUUAUAAAAACUUUGGGCUUUGCUUCAAGUGCGCGCCUCACAAGGAUAAGCUUCAUGACCCAAAGCACAUCUUCGUCAUUGACGAACGAGGGGUCCCAGAAUGCCAAACUCUGGUUUGA